AAGCCCGCUAGCUAGGCUAACUCGCUAGGCUAAGAGGUUGAGCGGGUGAACUUUUGAGUUGGAAAUGUGUUUUUGUACAAGUGAUUCAGCGAAAUUUGGCUUCACGUUAUCUUAGAAUAGUCCACUAACCUUUGAUUUUGUAUACAUUUUGAGUAUGUAUAGAAUCGAUGGUAUGCGAUUUUAAGCAAUUGGUACACAAUGUACUUUGAAGUAUAAAGGGCAAAUAUUGUUAUUGGCGGAGAAAAAAAAAUAACUUGAUUAGACACAAUAUACACAUGCACAUGUCGUGCAAUGAGCUGCUGAGGUGACACUAUGUUUGAACUGUAGUCCAAAUGGACUGCAUGAUGAAUGAUAGAUAUCUUUACUGAUUUUGAUCGCGUUUAGUGUACAGUCCUCAAUUGCAGGACGUGAUCAGCAAAAAGUUCAGCUACCGUGAGGAAGCUUCAGGAUGAGCAUAAGAUGCAAUAUAACUUUAACAGCUGAACUUCAUUUGACCUCUAAACUUUUUGCUCACGUGACCUUUCAGGGGGUAACUUUCAUCCUAUAGUCCCAUAGAAGCAAUAAUGUACAUGUUCCGCCAGGGAGGGGCAAAAGCGGCCAGGGCUGAGUUGUUGUAAGUGAAAGAGAAAGAAACAGCGGGAGAGCACAAGAGUUCAAUAGUGGGAUGAGUGGGAGGGGGAGUCCCGCACUGUGAUUGGGGGCCACUGGACCAUGUGCUGACCCGACCCACUGAAGCCUCUAAGGGGCACACAUACGCACACACUCAGUCACACGCAGUGUUGUGUUGAGUGGCAGCGACAUAUGAACCCCUUCACAUGUGCUAUUCCUGGUAAGGGAGGGGGUUAGGGGAGUGAGGCCGGUGGGGAGUAGAAGCUCUUGUCUUUCCGCAUGAUGGGCUGCUGCUUCAGUAAGGAGGCUGGGCCGGACCAGAACAGCGAGAAAAGCAGCUUACUGCACACCCCUCACCAGGACCGCGUCCAUAACAGCAUGGAACAAGUGAGGCACCAGGCCGUGGCCGUGGCUCAACAUGUUUCUCUGGAUGAAGAAGAAGACGCUGGAGCGGCCCGCGCGGAAGUUCGUCCAGGACUUGAUUGCCAAGCGCGGAUGGUCGUCAGUGAGAAGACUGUCCAAGCUCCGAGCUCUCACAAGGACGAGCGAGCUAUUCUUAUCCCGGCCGGCGCAAGCGUUAUCCCGGACUCAUCGGCAGGCGUGACCCUCUCCCCCUCGCGCAACUGUGAGCCGGCCCCCUAUAUGGAGGUGCUGUCCCAGAGUCUGACCCGACAAAACAUUGUGGCAAACGCGACACGCCGAGCCCAGUGGUUCACUCAAAACCUUGAGGGUCAGAAGCUCCUCCACCCAGAAGGUUACCGGUCCGGUUCCAGUGGAACAAGGGGCGACAGUUGUAGCAAGGUGCCACGUGACCUGACGUUGUCAUCAGUCUCGCAUCAGGAUCGGGUUUCCCUCAUAGGUGAGGACUGUAUUGUCACAACAACACUGGGUCAGGACCUCCAAACGAGGACUCAGAGGUUCUACAGCAUCUGCUCCAUCGACACAAACGACCUUGACCAUGACGACCACAGCCAGGCCCGAGCAUCUGGAACAUGUGCUGGUUCCAGCCCGUCACAGACAGCCUCGCCUCUGCUCAACCAGCCCUUGAACUCAGCACCACUGACCGGCACUUCAGGAAUAAUUCCAGAACUUCAAGUCGACCCGCACAUUCCGAGAGGAAUGCCUGAAGGCAACGAGCCUUCAAAAGCAGAAGGUGACUCGUGUGUGCAAACAUUUGACCAGCUGAUGCUGACCGAGCAGAGCGUGUCUUCAAUCCAAACCUCAAAGGAAAUUCAACUCGACCACAUCCAGCGCUCAGAACCGGCAAGUGAAAGUCCCAAAGAAGUACGUUCCUUUCCGGAACUUGACAUUACAGAGCAACAAAGCGAGGAAGAAGAUCAAAGUUCACUCCUGAGAGAAGAUGGUGUCCCCGCAAAUAAAAGCGAGGAAGACAAGGUCAUCCACAAAAACGCAACUCUCACACAACUGACCUCCCUCCCAGUCUUCUUAACCAGUGUGGUAGAGUUGAAAACUCCCGGACUAGAUAAUGAAGACGACUUGUGCGACCAGACAACGCUGACGGAGAAGGAGCCCUCAUUGAGCCACACCUCGAAGGAAACGCCCGCCAUCUUGCGGGAAAACCAAGUCGACCACGUCCAACAUUCACAGCCAGGUAUUGAUAGUCCCAAAGAAUUCCACUCCUGUCCGGAACCUGACAUCGCAGAGCCGCAAAUUGAAGGAGAAGAGAAAUGUUCAUCGCGGAGAAAAGACAAUGUCCCUGAGAGUGAAAGUGUCGAAUGUCUUGGACUCACGGAUGAAGAAGACUCGUGUGACCGGAUGACGCUUCGGGAGCAGAGUGCGUCUUCAGAGCUUCAAACAUCACAGGAAAAAACUUCCACCUUCCAGGAGAACCAUCUAGACCGCGUCCAACAUUCACAACAGGCUGGUGAAAAUCUCAAAGAAGUCCCUCAUUCCCGUCCGAGCUGCAGUCUAGAAUCGAAUGUCGUGGAGCAGCACGACGAGGGCCAAGACACGCGUUCAGUGCAGCCAGAAGAAGAUGACGCUCCCGAGCGUACAAAUGAAGAAGACGAACUAAUCCACAGCAACCUGACACAUACACAAGUGUCUUUUCCCAGCAUCCUCUCAACUUCACCCCACCAGUGCGGAAAUGGAGAAGGGACAGGGCGAGUUAAUGAAGACAUGAGCACGAAAGUCGGUUUGGCUGCGUUCUCCGAGCAGGACGCAAGUUCGACAAGAUAUCAUGAGUCGGAUUCCAAAGCGGUGCACACGAAUCUAAAUUGUCUUCAUUCGAGCUCCUCUUCAGUCGAGAAGAUAAGCGGUAACCGCCUGGAAUCUUCACGGGAAGUGUGUGAGGAAGAGGAAGAGACGGCAGAGUGUCCGAGCGAUCCUCCAGAACCAACAAAUGGAUCUCUGCGGGAUGAAAAGGAAACAGUCCCCUUGCCUCAGGAGGAGCAUCCAAAAACUCCGCCGUGUGCUUCUUCCGACACCGAAAUGGUCAACGUGUGCCGUCCAGAUGAGGUUUCAUGUCAUCUGCAGGACCUCGGCGUCCAGGUGGAGUUCGACCAGCUGGACGUUCACGCUCUGACGCCAUCUUACGAGAUCCACUUCCUGGGUCAGGAGGCGCCAGGCGAGGAGGGCGAGAGCGGCAUGCGGGAGUUGGUGCUAGAGCUGCUUGGAGGGGACGCCGACGUCUCGGUGUGCCACGUGAACCACCAGACCUGGAUCGGGCCCGCCGUAGAGGACCGCUGCCAGGCAUGGGUCCAGGGGGCGCCGCAGAGCCCGGAUGAGAUGGUCGCGGAGCUGCAGCAGCCCGGCCCGGUUCUGCUGGGAGCGUUCCCGUGCGAUCCUGUCUUGCCGCUGAUCCCGUGCGAGUGGGCCUGGCACACAGGCCGCCCCCAGGCCCCGCUUGGAUCGUUGCAGACCCUCAACCCUGACGCCGAGGUGUGGACCGGAUCCAACUACGACCUUCCGCAGGCUCGACAGCCUUGGCUGUACCUUCCCAACGGGCAGGUGGACCUACAAAACCACGCGCUGCACACGGAGCUCGCCGACAUCGGCGUGGGCGUGACUGAGGUUGAAGCCCAACCCAAAGCAACAGAAAACCACGUCCUACCAGAACCAGACUCAGGUGAGCUAAUGCAACAGCUGAGGUCUACGCUGGACUAUUGUCUGAGUAGGGAGUACCUGGCCAAUGACUUGUACCUGCAGUCACGAAUGGAGGACGACCAAUAUGUUCCCAUCGCGGCGCUGGCCGGCCUCCAUGCCAUCAAAUGUCUCGGUGCCGACUUGCAGCUCGUCACAGACGUCGUUAAAACUGUGCCGCAGGUCCAGAUGUCACCUUGCGGGCACAAAGUGCGAGCCAACCACAGCCGAUAUGUCCUCAUCCUGCGGGAGAUCCCCAGCAGUACGCCUCGCGAGGAGGUGGAAGCGCUCUUCAGUGACAAGAAGCUGCCCAAGUUCCUGAGCUGCGAGGUUGUGAGCGGCGACUACUGGUUCGUCACCUUCGGAUCUGAGGCCGACGCCUACCAGGCCUACAUGUACCUGCGAGAGGAAGUUCGGGUUUUCCAGGGGAAACCCAUCAAGGUGAGGAUGAAAGCCAAAUCAACAACCCCCACAUCCCACAUACCUGGAAACGGCUUUUGCCCCAACGUGGAGCCGUCUUAUUUGCCCCCGGACGCUUACCAGCAGCUUUACGAUUUCACCUACCCCGUGUGGUCUGAUUCCGGAUACUCCGACGGCGCUGAGUCGCUUGAGCUCAGCGUCGCCCUGAAUGGCUUGCAAGCGUCCCCUUACUUCCAACACCACGUCGCGCGCAGAAAAAGGAAUGGCACCAGGACAUCGGGCUGGUAUCAAAUCCAUAGUCAAAAGAAUUCUGACGACCUGGCGGGGAAAUCCUCGGUGGAAACGUUCACCGCCUCGAGGCCGGCUCGGGGGUGGUCCCAUUCAAGAGGCAACAGGCCGCCUCGUCACAGCAGAUGCUACGAUAGGCUGACCGGGGGGGACGGAGGAAGGUCUGUAAAUGACGAUCAGAGAAGGAGAAAGAAGCUGUGGGCUGCUCUCAAGACAGCUGGCGUGCAUCAUACAAAAUCGGCAACUCCUCGCCAGUCAUCACCCAUCCAGCUCGAAGCCUCCGACUUUCCUCCCCUCGGCGUGGAGAAGACGCCCGAACCGGCUCAACCUUUGACCACCACCGCUGCCGACGACAUCGCUCAUGAGGCGACCCAGAAGCUGAGCUACGCUGCCAUCUGCCAGAAAUCUUCUGGUAGGCCCGCACCUCCCGUUGAAGAGAAGUAGAUUUCGGAAAACACUUGAAGUGGAAUGUCAACGUGCACCUGGUGGAUUUCCUCGUGCACCUGGUGGCGGUUUUCACAUCUGUUCCUUUUCUCGUUGCUAGUUUGUGUUUCCUUCUCACUCACAUUUUGUGACGGGUGAGAUUUUCCACAAAUCACGAUCAGGUUUUGUUUUUCUGCAUGUGUUUCAUCACUUUUAAUUUCAUUGAACCCGUCGGGCUUUCUGGUGGCCAUUUUUUUCUUCUAACAUAAGUUUGAAUGUGAUUGGUUAAUUCUGAGCAGAGGUACACUCCCAUUUAUGAGGGUCCGCACACUUUGGCAACUAAAUUAUCUCAGUUGCUUAUUUUGCAUUUUCUUUCCCCUCUCAGAAAUAUAUUUUUGUCACUGAAAGCAUUACUGCCUGACUGUAUGCACAAGCAAAAUUGCCAAGGCUAGAUGGUCACGUGUUUGUUUUUAUUUGUGAUAUCUGACUGUUCCAUCGAGGUAAACAUUUGAGUCCUCAUCAAAAGCACCGAUUCCUCAGUUUACUUGAUUUGUUUUGACUGCCGAGUUCCCUUUUGUUCCUGAUUUUACAUGUGAACCAGGUACGUUGUCUGUUUGUAAAGUUGUAUAUAAUACUGAGAAAUAUUAAACAAGUGCCUUUUCGAUGAU